AUUUUAUUAAAUGGCAUCAAAUAAAAAAGAUCAAAUAAAGGUUGAUGGAAUCCAUAGUAGAUAUGGACGAUUUAGAGAUAAUAGAAAUUAAAAUGAAAAGGACAAGGUAAAUGAAAAAAUAAUUUUAGCAUUAAGUACCUUUUUUAGUAAGAACACAUUGGAAAUAUGGAUAAAUUACUUUAGAAGACUUUAAUAAAAAUUAAACUUAAGAAAUAUUGCUUUACUUAUUGUAAUAAUUAAUACUAUAAGAAAAUUAAUAGUUUAAGUUCUAAAUUGAGAGAUAUUGUAGAUCAAUUAAAAUAUCAAUUAGAUGGUGUUUAUAGAAGAGAUAUAUCAUUUAAAGUGAGCAAUGUUUAUUUGGAUUAACAUGGAGUGUAAAAGAAAAAGGAUUUAGGGAUAGUCCAUUCUGUGAAAUCAGGGAAGGAUGAUGAAUCAGAUCUUAAAGAACAUGGAUU